UAAAAGGUCUAUCCUAUUUUUCUAUGAUUAAAAUAUUGUUUGUGUAUUUUUUUUAUAAAAUAGCUUUUGCACAAUUUCGCGAACUUCAGGACAGUCCUCGUGCUUACGAUAUAACACACUUUUUUAAGAUGCACGGACACUCCUGUGUUUUAAAAAUGAGCUUCUCUGACCACCAUCAGCUGGUUAUUUUUGCGUCAAAAGAUACCCAGAUUUCUUUCGCACCACAUGUGUUUACACAUAUGAAUAUUUACAUAACAGCAUAAUGUUAAUGCAACAAUAAAUCUGAGUAAACAAUAUGUAAAUACACAUAAAGCUUAAUAAUAAAUAACAGCACAACUAAUUUAUGUAUUUAAACAAUGUCUUGUCUAAUCUUGUUGAGAUAUUAAACAUACAUGAUGCUAUAAGCUUACAGUGCUAUUUAUAGCCCUGAUCGAUACCCGACGCUAUGGUAAACACUAAACAGAACGCGCAAUUCAUGUAAAAAAUCAAUUACAUAUUAUUGAAUAAAGUACUAAAUAACAAUAGCUGUAUAUUGAAAGAUAUACUUAACCGAUCAAUAAGCCGGUAUAACAAACAUUAGUUUAAAAGCAAGUUAAACUUUCAAGCAGAUUUAAUUUUAAACACUUUCGUGAAUAAAACAUGGCUUCAGGAAUUGGAAGUUUUGACGGUAACUUUUGUGAUUUAAAUAUGUUUUGUGAUAAGCAUUCAUCGAAGACUGUGGAUAUUUUAUGCCGUGACCAUGACCUUGUGAUUUGUUCAAUCUGCGCUUCUGAAAAGCACAUAACGUGUGUUCGGCUCGAACCUCUUACUAAGGAAUCGAUUAAUGGUAUGAAAAAGAAGGAUUUUAAACACUUUGGAAAGGAUGUAUCAGAAAUGAAACGGUUAUUGUCCAACUUGAAGAGUAAGAAACUUGAAGAUAAGAAAAAACUACAAGAGGAAACGGAAGUUGCUGUAAAGGAGGUCCAAGAGUUUCGGAAGUUGAUUGACUGGGUUCUAGAUAGAAUGGAACGGAAGGGCAAAGAGUAUAUUGAAAAAAGAUACAAGGAGCUAAACAAAGUAAUAACUGAAGAAAUAGCACAAUGCGAAGAGAUGUUGACAUUUUUGGAGAAAACAAAACGUCACUAUAAGUCUACCAAAGACCAUUCAACUGUUGAUCAGUUUGUAAAUAUGAAAAAGGGUAAACAAAUGAUGGAACAAGCACUGCAUCUUUCUGAUUCGAUGAAAAAUCACAAACACAGAGAAAUUGUAAAAUUUACCGUGGAUCCAAAGGUAGAGAAUUUUGCAAGGAACUUGUCAUGGUUUGGAAAAGACAGGACAUACCUCUCAUUUGAACAGCCUUUGUCUUUUCCACAUUUGUAUGAAAUUAAGCAACAUAAUCAGUUUGAUAUCCGGGUGAAAGGGGACAAGCAGGUUUGUUGUGUUGUUGACAUGUGUCAACUUAAAGACGGGACUAUUCUUGCAGUGGAUAAAUCUAACCGCCGAUUGAAGCAGCUAGAUGUUUUAUACCAGAUCGUAGACUCACGUGACCUACCUGAUGACCCGGAUACAGUCGCUUGUGUAAAUGAAAAUUUCGCUCUCGUAGCCUCUAAGUAUGGGGUUGACACGUUGAUUCAGUUCAUACAAAUAAAGGAAAGUCUUCCUCUUGGAGAUUCCUUUACUGUUUCAGGUCAUUGUCAAGGCCUGUCAUGCUCACAAGAUGCCGUGCAUGUGUCUACAGGUGACAAAAUUUCCAAAUUUACAUUAUCUGGCGAACUUUUACAAGAAUUUAUUGCAGGUGAUGUUGUUCAAAGCUUUUGUUUGACCCAUGAUUUCGAGAAAAUUGUUUUCACAUUUGGUCAAGACAAACUAGGCGUUUUGAACAAAAAUUACCAGCUGUGUGCAGAGGUUCAAAUUCAGGAUUUGGGUCAGAACAAAUCAUUAGCAGUGGAUACAAAUGGUCAGAUAUUGAUAUCAAUGUUAGAUUCACAUCGUAUAGUACAAUACAAUCAUGAUUUACAGAAGCUUGGUGAAGUUGUGGGACCAUCUGAUGGUAUCAGAAAUCCACAGGCGAUAGUGUUUGACCGGAUCAAUAACAGACUAGUUGUGGCUAUGAAGUAUAAAAACAUGAUCAAAGCUUUUGACUUGAAAUAAAUUUGUAACGUUAAAAUGUUCUUAGUUUAUUGUAUCAUAAGAGGAAAAAAAGGCUUAUCUUCAUUCACUUGAAAGUGUUCACUAUUUAGGGGGAAAGUAUGUAAGCGGCCAAAUAGCUAAGUCGGUAGAGCCGCGGAACGGUAUCCUAAGGGUCCCAGGUUCAAGUACCGUUCAGGCUGCACAUUUUUCUCACCUUGUGACAAUUAUGCUAUCAUGAACUAGAAAAAAACUGUUAACUUAAAAAUCAUUUUGAAUAUACUUUUUAUCAAGUCAUUUAUGUUUCGAAUUAAUUGUAUGACAUAAUAAAUACAUUUAUAGUGCCUUUAUAGUGUUUGAAUUACUUUAGGUUUUAUAACAGCUUCAAAGCUGCAU